GGGAGGAGCUGCCGGCGGCCAGUGGAGCAGGGAGAAGCUCCAAGAUGGCGUCGGCCGGCCCCGAGUCUGGGGGCAGCAGCAGCAGCAGCGCCGGCAUCGCGGGAUCAGCAACCUUCAAAAAAUCAUUCACUUCAGAGAUGUCUGGUUCUUCUGGACAGCCUGGCUCACAGACAAUAAAAAAAGGUCAUAGAGGAGUAGAUUCCACUGGUGAGACGACAUAUAAAAAGACUACCUCAUCGGCCUUGAAAGGUGCCAUUCAACUGGGCAUCACCCACACAGUAGGAAGCUUGAGCACCAAACCGGAGCGAGAUGUUCUCAUGCAAGACUUCUAUGUAGUAGAAAGUAUUUUCUUCCCAAGUGAAGGGAGUAACCUGACCCCGGCUCAUCACUACAAUGACUUCCGGUUUAAAACGUAUGCUCCUGUAGCAUUUCGCUACUUCCGUGAACUGUUUGGAAUACGGCCAGAUGACUAUCUGUACUCGCUCUGCAGUGAGCCACUCAUUGAGCUCUCCAACUCCGGGGCCAGUGGUUCCCUCUUCUAUGUAUCCAGUGAUGACGAGUUUAUCAUUAAAACAGUUCAGCACAAAGAAGCAGAGUUCUUGCAAAAGCUGCUGCCGGGUUACUACAUGAACUUGAAUCAGAAUCCUCGGACGCUGCUGCCUAAGUUCUAUGGUCUGUACUGCGUGCAGGCCGGAGGGAAGAACAUCCGCAUCGUAGUGAUGAACAACUUGCUGCCCCGCUCUGUGAAAAUGCACCUGAAGUAUGACUUGAAAGGCUCCACCUAUAAGCGUCGAGCAUCCCAGAAGGAGCGGGAAAAGGUCUUCCCGACAUACAAAGACCUGGAUUUUAUGCAGGACAUCCCCGAUGGCCUGUUCCUAGACUCUGAUAUGUACAAUGCCUUGUGCAAAACGCUGCAGAGAGAUUGUUUGGUUCUGCAGAGUUUUAAAAUCAUGGAUUAUAGUUUGCUUGUGGCCGUCCAUAACAUUGAUCAGGCACAGAGAGAGCGUGCGAUAAUGGAUGGGACGGCCCAGUCGGACACGCGAAGGCCAGCUACCCAGAAAGCUCUCUACUCCACGGCUAUGGAGUCUAUCCGAGGAGAAGCCCGGCGAGGCGGCACCAUAGAGACUGACGACCAAAUGGGAGGUAUUCCAGCCCGAAAUUCAAAGGGGGAAAGGCUGCUUUUAUAUAUUGGUAUUAUUGAUGUGCUACAGUCCUACAGAUUCGUUAAGAAAUUGGAGCACUCAUGGAAAGCAUUGGUGCACGAUGGGGACACUGUGUCUGUGCAUAGGCCCAGCUUCUAUGCAGAAAGGUUUCAACGAUUCAUGUGCAACAUUGCAUUCAAGAAAAUACCAUUAAAACUUUCUCCUUCUAAAAAGAGCCGGUCUGGCACAACCAUUCCUCGGAGGACGGGUCAAGGCGGAGCCCCUUACCAUUCGUCGUGUGAAACUAAAGCGCAAGUAACAGCAGAAGCAGAUGUGGAGCAAGGUUCCCAUCUUGGUCGCCCUGAUCUCCUUCCCAGAACUCCUCCAGUAGACGAAGCUAACAGUGAUUCCAUAGCAACAACCUUGUCCACUUCUUCAUUGGGCAGCGGAGGCCUUAACUCUCCAGCCAACAGGUCAGUGGGAGUGCAAGUUCACAAAUCUGAAACCUCACCAAAGGAUUUGGCUAGAACAGCUCCUGUCAUCUGCUCAAAUAGUGGCUCCGCAGGGCCUUUGGUAACAGAACGCUCCUCAGAACUGACAGAACGUUUUGAAGACGUACCAGAGACGGAGAUAAGCUUUUGAAAUAACAGAGAGACAGUUGUGAUGUGAGCAGAAGAUUUCUUUGUACUCUGCGUGGGCCGUAGAGUCUGACAAACAUUCAGCCCCUGCGGCUGAUCCUAGAAAUCUUAUCCGGACAGAAUCCAUAGAAGGUGGAAGGCUUGGGAUAUACUUAGUGUCAUAGUAUUAACAAUGACUGAGCCCAGAGCAACCUCCUCUUCUGAAAAAGAAUCCUCAACCUGUGGCUGGUUGCAUCUGGUUUUUCUGCUGCUGUCCUCUCUUCGAAUAGUGGCAGGAGCAAGGCUUCUCAUCUCCAAGGAGGAGCAGGGGCUGCUCCAUGCAGGCCAGAGUCCUCUGGAGAAAAGGAACUGGCUUUGGGGGAGUUGGUUACCUAGGAUUGAGGACAUCACAAACCUUGCAAGAACAAAGGUCAACUCUGAAGAGCACCAGGGGAAAUGGACAUUGGAGCCUUGUUGGAACAGUUUUUGCAACAGAUCAACAUGGUGUUUGGUUUUUAUAUUAAUUUAAGUUUCUUGAAUUCAGUCAUAUCGUUUCUUUUAGGCUGCGACAAUUAUCUAUUCUUUUUAAAAAUAGUUUUAUCAGUGUUCCACCAAAAAUGUCCCGCAUCAGAGGGAGGCAGAAAGGGGAGCGACAUUUUUUUGGUCACACAUGAAAGGUAUUGAUCAUGGAUGUCUUUUCUAGAAACUAAUUUUGGGAGCAGUAGUCUCUAAUGCAUUUAUGACGUUGCAUCAUCAUCAUCAUCAUCAUCAUCCUGAGAAGGUGACAUGGAACAGACCUGCCCACAAGACUUGGUGCUUUAUCACGGCUUGGUGCUUGAAGGAUUUGGAAUGUGCGACGCUUUUAAGAUGUCAGAGAGGUUUUUGCUUUGCUUUGUCCUGUUUUAAACGACCCCUUUAUUCUCUCAUCCUCCCACAGAAUGAGAAGCAACAGAGAUUUGGGGAGAUCUUGGUGCCUGGCACAUUUUUAAGCCUUCAGUGUUUCUUAAGCAAAUGGACCAAACCGAUCCUGCUUGGUUUUUUCCCAGUAUUAUGUGUCCUCCUUGGGACACAACUUGUAAAAUCUGCAUUUUUUUUUUUUUUUUUUUUUUAAUAGCUAAAUUCCCUUUUGAUAGCUAUGCUUGUGUCUUACCCCUUGGCAUCAGGGUUACCUUUUGCGCACAGUGCUCUGACUGCUUCCAAAUAGAGAUUCCCAUAAUGCCACUCCAUAUAAAUGGCUGCCGGGUCUCUGUGCAGAGCAACAGAUUUUGCGGGUUUUUUUGCCUCAACAAAAGUGUGUGUUGCGCUCUGAUUCCAAGGCUGCGGCUUAUUAGAGUCAGCUGAAAAGACGCAUUGCUGUAUUACCUUAGCCAUUUGCUGUACAUAAGACUGUGGCAGUCCUUACCAAGUUACCAGCUGCAGACACAUGGUUAGAAACCUGAGCAUAUGUUGUACUGAUUUUUAUUUUCACUAAAGUUUUUUUUUUUAAAUUAAAUGAAUCUUAGUCUUUUUUCCCCUAAAAACAGUGACCCUCCCCCACCUCCUUUUCACAGAUUAAAAAAUAGAGAAAUUCAAAUUGUUGCUCUUGCAGAUGCAAGAGUUUUGUAUGCCGAUUAGCAGUCGUUGCUAAUAAAGCCGAAGAAUGUAGCGGCUUAGAAGGGGUUUUUUAGUUUGAUGUAUCAGGGCUGAGUGUUUGGGGUUUUUUUUUUUCCAAUCACAUUUAACGUGGAUAGAGUUCAAGCUGUUAGUUUAAAAAACAAACAAACAAACAGAGCUUUGAAAGGCAGAACAGCCUUUCUCACAGAGAGCCAGCCAGGUGUCCAAACGCAAAGGCGUUUAGUCAAGCAGGAAAGCGGUGGUCUCUGAGUAACGUCUGGAACCUCUUUAUCUAGAUUUAAACGUCAAGCAAUGUCCUGAUGAGACCUGUACCUUGAAGAUCAGUGUAGUGACAAUGGGAAACCGCUCUAGUGCAAUUUCCCUCUUUCUCCCCUCUACUCAGCAGGUUAUUCUUCAUAUCCUGAUGAACCGUCUAUAUUAGACACACGCUUUCUGAUCUUCCCUCCUCACUCAAAUCCUUUUUUUACCAGGAGGAAAGAAACCAAUUCAGUUUUGGUUUUUUUGUUCAUGAUUUAAUAUUUAUGAAGUUGUAUUUAAAUGUUUUAUUCCGGGAAUAGUUAUUCAGAGGGUGGGGGAGGGAGGGCGUUGACAUUUAUAUAUCAUAAUUAUCAACCUCUGCUUUGCAAUGGUUUAACAGCAAAGGCUUCUUGCAUUCUAAAAGUGGCAGGAUAACUGGUGUAAGGUAUUAAAACUUGAUCGGUUAUUUCCAUCACGAGGGGUUCGCUAUCUGGCUAAUGGCUCAGAGAGUUGGGUCUGCGAAGGAAGGGGUCAACACCCUUGAUCCUGGCUCCCUGUUUAAGCCUCUCACCCUACCCUUACCCCUCCAUUGUUGGACUGAAAUGCGGGGCGAAGGAAUCGAGAGCUGCUGAUGGCUGGACCUCUUUCCUGCUCAAUCUACGCUGACAGCUUUGAUUCCACACGGCAGGGUCCAUUGCUGCUUCGUCAAUCCACCAGGGAGGAUCUGACCUGUCAAGCAUACAUCCUUAUGAAACAACUUGUGCCGUGUUGUGAAUAUUGUCAUUUUAACCUUGUAACACUUUUGCCAUCGUUGGCUGUUAAAUUGAAUAUUAAAAACAAAAGCUGUCUCUUAGGAGCCUGUCCUACACAGGGGAUAAUAUCGCUGUGAUGGGAUAUUACAAUACACAGUGUGCUACCAAACCUA